GACUUCUCCCCUUCAGCACAACAACAGGGGGUAAACACGGUCCCCUUCUCAGCGCUGUCAGUGCGCCGGCAGGGCUGCGAGUUUUACCUGCGCUCCUCCUGCUGCUGCAUGUGUGUGAGUGUCCGUAUGCGUAUGCGUGUGCGUGUGUGCGCGUCUGUGCUGGCUGCGCGAGCGAGAGAGCUGAGAAGAAGGAGACACGAAGCCACAUCCUUUCUCCGUGAGGGAGAAGAAGAAGGAGAAGAAGCGGAGGAUAUCCAGUGAGGCGCAGGGGAACACAAGAAGAACUAGAGAAGAAGGAGAAGGAGGAGAAAACACACACACACACAGGAGCCCCAAUGGAGCAGUUAUGUGGACCCAAACCGUUCUGGAAACCCAAUCUGACCCUCUCCACAGAAAUCCCCGACCUGCCCGAGUGCUUUCAGCUGUCUGUGCUGGCAUGGAUCCCCUGCUUCUACCUGUGGCUCGUCUCCCCCCUUUACCUCUUUUACCUCAAGAGGAACAACAGAGGCUACAUCAUGAUGUCUAUAUUAAACAGAGUCAAAACGGUGUUUGGCUUUAUUUUAUGGAUCGUGUGCUGGACAGAUCUUUUUGCCUCGUUCCAUGAGAUAAAAGAGAAGGACGUACCUCCAAUAUACUUUAUUACUCCAUUAAUAGUUGGCAUGACCAUGCUGUUGGCUACCUUCAUUAUCCAGUUUGAGCGGCUGAGAGGAGUGCAGUCCUCCGGGGUGCUUUUCAUAUUUUGGAUGCUGUCUGUGCUGUGUGCCAUCGUGCCUUUUCGCUCCAAGAUCCUCCAUGCCAACAAGGGAGAGAAUGUGGACAAGCUGCGUUUCACAACCUUCUACAUGUAUUUUGGUCUCAUAUUGGUGGAGCUCAUCAUGUGCUGCUUCAAUGAAAAGCCCCCACUCUUCUCCAGCGUGGUCACAGAUCCUAAUCCCUGUCCAGAAUCUACAGCUGGCUUCCUUUCAAGAAUGACGUUUUGGUGGUUUACCAGCAUGGCUAUAAAAGGCUACAAAUCCCCAUUGGAGACGAAAGACCUGUGGUCCCUAAACAAGCAGGACAGCUCCGAGUUGGUGGUGCCUAAGCUCCUCAGGGAAUGGGAAGGGGAAAAGUCUAAAGCACAGAGCAUUGAGCAGGACGUGAACGGACAGGCAGUGUACUCUAAAGCUGGGGCUGAGACCAACCAUGUGGAAGUCAACCCUGAGGAGGUGGAGGUGCUGCUGUCCAGCAAGAAAGACACUCCUCAGCCUUCGUUUCUGCGCUCUCUGCUCAAGGCUUUCGGCCCCUACUUUCUCAUUGGCUCAGCCUUCAAACUGCUGCAGGAUCUCAUCACCUUCAUCAAUCCACAGCUGCUCAGAAUGCUGAUUGAAUUCACCAAAGAGACGGGAGUCCCGUCAUGGUGGGGCUUCGCUCUGGCCUUCAUGAUGUUCGGAUGCGCCCUGCUACAGACACUCAUCCUGCACCAACACUUUCAGUACUGCUUUGUCACGGGCAUGAGGCUGCGCACGGCUAUCAUAGGAGCCAUCUACCGGAAGUCACUGGUUAUUACAAAUGAAGCGAAGCGUUCCUCCACUGUGGGCGAGGUGGUUAACUUGAUGUCUGUGGAUGCUCAGCGCUUCAUGGAUCUCACUACAUUCCUCAACAUGCUGUGGUCUGCACCUCUGCAGAUCAUACUGGCCCUCUUCUUCCUCUGGCAGACUCUGGGACCCUCAGUCCUGGCUGGAGUGGCUGUUAUGGUCCUGCUGAUUCCCUUCAAUGCUGUCAUCGCCAUGAAAACCAGAGCUUACCAGGUGGAGCAGAUGCAGUAUAAAGACGCCCGCAUCAAGCUGAUGAAUGAAAUACUGAAUGGAAUAAAGGUACUGAAGCUCUAUGCCUGGGAGGUCUCCUUUAAGGAGAAAGUUCUUCAGAUUCGGCAGAAAGAGCUCAAUGUGCUGCGCAAAACUGCCUACCUCAGCGCACUCUCCACCAUGGCCUGGACCAGCGCCCCUUUUCUGGUUGCCUUGACAACGUUUGCUGUUUACGUGAGCGUGGACAAAAACAACGUUUUAGACGCAGAUAAGGCUUUCGUCUCCCUGUCGCUUUUCAACAUCUUGAGAUUUCCCCUCAACAUGCUUCCGCAGGUCAUCAGCAGCCUUGUGCAAGCCAGUGUAUCUCUCAAGCGAAUCCAGGCAUUCCUGAGUCAUGAUGAGCUGGACCCAGACAAUGUGGACAAAAAACCUGCACCCUCUGAUCACGCUGUGACUGUUGUGAAUGGGAAAUUCUCAUGGGCUAAAAAAGACCCACCUGCUCUUCAACACAUUAACGUAAUGGUACCUCAGGGCUCGCUCCUGGCAGUGGUCGGUCAUGUGGGCUGUGGGAAGUCAUCUCUGGUGGCCGCUCUGCUGGGGGAGAUGGAAAAGUUGGAAGGGCACAUUUCCAUAAGAGGUUCUGUGGCUUACGUGCCCCAGCAAGCGUGGAUCCAGAAUGCCACUCUGAGAGACAACAUCCUGUUUGGCAGGCCAUAUGUGGAGCAGAAGUACCGCUGUGUGCUGGAGGCAUGUGCACUCACGCCUGACCUGGAAGUGCUUCCUGGAGGUGACCUAACAGAGAUUGGAGAGAAGGGUAUUAACCUGUCUGGUGGCCAGAGGCAGAGGGUGAGCCUAGCCAGAGCUCUGUACAGUGAGGCAGACGUCUACCUAAUGGAUGACCCUCUGUCUGCGGUGGACGCUCAUGUGGCCAAGCACAUCUUUGACCAUGUAAUCGGGCCAGAGGGAGCCCUCCGUGGAAAGACAAGGAUCUUGGUGACUCACGGCAUCAGCUUCCUGCCCCAGGUGGAUAACAUUUUGGUGCUGGUGGAGGGCAUGGUGUCGGAGAUGGGCUCCUAUCAGGACUUGCUGAAGCAGAACGGGGCUUUUGCUGAGUUUCUGAGGAAUUACUCUUUGGAGGACAUCAUAGAGGAGGACGAAGUGACAGAGGUGCUGAUUGAUGAGGAGGAGUCGUUCCCUGAUGAUGCUCUCAGUAAUCACACAGAUAUGGUGGACAAUGAGCCGGCAGUCAACGAGGCCCGGAGGCAGUUCAUGAGGCAGAUCAGCAUCAUGUCCAACGAUUUGGAAAACCCAAAGACAAAGUCCAUCCGCAAGCGCCGCUGCAGCGAGAGGAGGCCCGGGGAGCCGCCGCAGGAGAAGAAGGAGCCCAAAGUGGAGAAGCUCAUCCAGGCUGAGACUGCGGAGACGGGCCGGGUGAAGUUCAAGGUUUACUGGGAGUAUGCUAAAGCGGUGGGGCCUAUACUGUCCCUCUUCAUCUGUUUCCUGUACGCCAGUCAGAGUGCAGCUGCUAUCGGAGCAAACAUCUGGCUGAGCCAGUGGACUAAUGACUCCAGGGACAGCGUUACUGCGCAGGAGAAAGUUCAUAUGAGAGUGGGGGUGUACGCAUCGCUGGGCAUCACACAAGGUGUGCUGAUUCUGGCCAACUGUUUACUGUGCCGGGCCUACAGCAUGCUGAAGGCUGCCCACGCCACCCACCUCACCAUGCUCCAUGCCGUUCUGAGGGCGCCGCAGGCCUUUUUUGAGGCCACCCCGUCAGGGCGCUUGUUGAACCGCUUCAGCAAAGACGUGGACACAAUAGACUCUCUCAUUCCAGACAAUAUUGAUAUCUGGAUGCGCACUUUCUGGUACACAGUCAAUGUGCUGCUCGUAUGCUCUGCCCUCACCCCUAUGUUCCUCAUAGUCAUAGUGCCGUUAAUGAUGUUCUAUUGGUGGGUCCAGAGAUUUUAUGUAGCCACCUCACGGCAGUUAAAGAGACUGGAGUCGGUCAGUAGGUCUCCCAUAUACUCUCAUUUUUCGGAGACCAUCACUGGCACUAGCGUGAUCCGCGCGUACGGGCGUAACAGUGCCUUUGUACUCAUGAGUGAUAUGAAAGUGGAUGAAAACCAAAAGAGUUACUACCCUGGUAUUGUUUCCAACAGGUGGCUGGGGAUCCGGAUUGAGUUUAUUGGAAACUGCAUUGUGCUGUUUGCUGCUGUGUUUGCGGUGCUCGAAAAGGAGAACCUAAGCCCAGGUCUGGUGGGCCUGUCCGUGUCUUAUGCCUUGCAGGUCACCAUGUCUCUGAACUGGAUGGUGAGAAUGACUUCAGACCUGGAGAGCAACAUUGUUGCAGUGGAGAGAGUGAAGGAAUAUUCAGAGACACCGCCUGAGGCACCAUGGGAGGUGGAGGAUAAGAAGCCCCCCACUGACUGGCCUUCAGAGGGAAAUGUGGAGUUUGCAGACUACAGUGUGAGGUAUCGAGAGGGACUCGACCUGGUGCUCAGAAACAUUUCCCUCAGGGUUAAAGGGGGAGAGAAGAUUGGAAUUGUGGGUAGAACUGGAGCAGGAAAGUCCUCAAUGACCCUGUGCCUGUUCCGCCUGCUGGAGGCUGCAGGAGGAGAAAUCACCAUUGAUGGAGUGAAGAUUAAAGAAAUUGGACUUCAUGACCUGAGAUCCAAACUCACCAUCAUCCCCCAGGAACCAGUGCUGUUCUCAGGAACUUUGCGGAUGAACCUUGACCCCUUCGAGAAAUACAGUGAUGACGACAUGUGGAAUGCUCUGACAUUGUCUCACCUGCACAAGUUCGUCAGCAACCAGCCAGCUAAACUCGCCUUGGAAUGUUCAGAAGGAGGAGAAAAUCUGAGCGUGGGACAGAGACAGCUCAUCUGUUUAGCUCGAGCCUUGCUGAGGAAGACCAGAAUCCUCAUCCUCGAUGAAGCUACAGCCGCUAUUGACCUGGAAACAGACGAUCUCAUCCAGUCAACCAUCCGAACACAGUUUGAGGACUGCACAGUUUUCACCAUAGCUCACAGACUCAACACCAUCAUGGACUACACAAGAAUUCUUGUGUUGGACAAGGGACAGAUAGCAGAAUUCGACACACCAGUGAACCUUAUUGCACAAAAAGGAAUAUUCUACAGUAUGGCAAAAGAUGCGGGAUUAGCGUGAGCCUCCAACGCUGUGUAAAUUCAACAGUGCCUUUAUACACGGUCCUCAGGGUCCCCACAUUAUUGCUCUAAGCCCUUCUCCCAGCGUAUGGGAAUGGAGCAAAAAUGUGGACCUUCUGAAGGUCCCUGAGGACCACUGCAUUAAGAGAUAUAGAGCCAGUGAAUGUAUCCUAUGUUUUUUUUUACUCAGCUGCAAGCUGUUUUCAGGAGCUGUCAUUGUCUUUUGCAUUAUUGUUUGUUUUUUCUAUAAACUACAUUGCCACUGUUACUUCGAUUUUCACAAUGAACCUGUCUAUUUUUGUACUGUAUUAUUUAAGUCACAUUUUUGAGGCUGUUCAAUAGGGAAGAUUACUGCUGAAAUAAAUGUCUGAUUCCUUUUUGUACACCACA